AUGGUGGCGCGCAGGGUGAGGCCAACUGUCCCAGAGCCAGCUGCGAUUCCAAUAUCAAAGCGCAAAGAAUUGUAUGUCCUCGCCAUCUUUCUAUGGUCACUUUUCCUCAGUGGCACUUUCUUUGCUAUCGGUUGGGUCGGCAACUCGAUCAAUCAAAACGCUGCAGCAAUGUCCCCACAAUCCCCUCCUCCAGCAUCCCCCCCAACAGCCCCACCGGCACUCUUGCCACUUGCUGUGUCAAACGAGAAAGAAUGGCUCAUCGCUACGAGUGGGAUCUGCUACGACCUGACCUUGGCGUUUGCAGGCGGUGAUGUCGGGCCAGAAGCACCAGGCGAUACCGCGGCCGGGUUCAUAGCGGGCAUUGCAUUCAAAUACCAACCACAAACGGCUGUACGCUUCACAGACUACCCCUACCACGAGGCCAAUGUUAUCAACGGCUCUUCGGAGACGACAGCACUCACCUCUGCGAUGUGGAGCUUUAAGAACAUUGCACUUCUCGAGUCGAAUUGCUCGGAUGUGGUGGGGCAUUCCUGUAGUUUUGGCACGAUUAUCUUCAAGGUGGAGACCCACGGCGUCUGCACGACUAGCGGCUCACCAUGUGUGGAAUACACUGGCAACGUCUCAGUAGCCACGAACUCCGUCGAAGGGCUGCCUUUGGCCUUGCGAAGCUUUGCUUGCCAACUGUUUGUAGAUGGCGCGAGUAUGAAGCCCGGAGCAUGCAGCAACUUUUGUCAGCUCAUAAUUCAGGGCGGUGAGUGCAGCGACGAAAACCUGUUUGCCAAUGACGGGGUGAAGGUAUUGCCAUCUAACUUUGUGGGCUUCUUUAGAUAUAAAGCCCCGGCAGGCUCAUAUGCGCCAGGCGCAGCCGUUGCCGUCGGCGCCGGCGGCGCUGUCUGGGCUGGAAUGCAAGCCGAUAUUCUCGGCAAUUUGGCAGGACUGGCACAAAACUUCAUGGUGGGGAUUUUGAAUUUUGUGUGGGGCUUCAGCAAGGGUCCAAUCAGCCGAGUCGUCUGGACUAGGUUGCAAGUGUCGUUGCACCGGCAACUAGCAUUUGGAGGCGGUUGA